AUGUCACCAGCACCGACAGUACUUGUACUUGGCGGUUUAGGUUUCAUUGGACGUAACUUUAUUCCUUAUCUUUACGAGAAUAAACUUGCUUCAGAAAUAAGAGUAGUUGACAAGUCGUUACUUUUAACUGCUAACCUAAACCCUAAACAAAAAGAGGCGUUCAACAACGUAGAAGUUAAACAGAAGGACUUGGUUGAUCCUGUUUCUAUCAGAGAUGUCUUUACACGGGAAGAUGGAAGCUCAUAUGACUACGUAUUUAAUUUAGCAGCCGAAACGAAAUAUUCGCAAAGCGAAAGAGUUUACGAAGAACGUGUAUAUUUAUUAUCGGUUCGUAAUGCUGAAGAGGCUGCUAGACGUAAAGUCAAAUGCUUUGUUGAAUUAUCGACAGCGGAAAUUUACCAGGGAGACAAAAAUCCUAGUAAGGAGGACGAAAAAAUAAAACCAUGGACCACAAUUGCAAAGUAUAAAUAUAAAGCUGAAGAAAAAUUGAAGACAAUUGAAGGUCUUAAUCUAGUCAUUUUGCGACCGGCCAUUGUUUACGGAAAGGGGGCACAGAUGGGUAUAGUUCCUCGUGUUGUAUGUGGUAGAAUUUAUCAAUAUCUCAAAGAGGAAAUGAAGUUUUUGUGGAGUAAAGACCAAAAGAUCAAUACUGUUCACGUAACAGAUGUUGUUCGUGCAAUGUGGCAUAUUGCUGGUUGGUAUGAAGAAAAUGAAAGGUCCGGUAAAGGAGUGUUGAUUUAUAACUUGUCCGAUCAAGGCAAUACAGAGAGAAUAAACAAACACAUUAGUAACAUUUUUAAAAUUCAAACUGGAUUUCUUGGGACUAUUACUUCUAACUUUGCUCAAUUGCAUCUUGAUAAUACUGUAGAUGAUGUUAAUGAUAAACAUAUGCGUCCUUGGGCAAAUCUCUUGAGAACAAAUAAAAUCAAGAGUACUCCAUUAAGUCCUUAUCUGGAUAAAGAAUUAUUAUACAAUAAUGCUUUGUCUGUUGAUGGUACCAAAAUUACCCAGGAGACAAACUUUCAGUAUGAAGUUCCUGAAGUUACAGAUGAGAAAAUUCAAGAAAUGAUAGAUGAUUUUAUUGUAUUGGGUUUAUGGCCAGUUAACGAUACUUUUUAA